ACGCCAUGCGAGAGCGCCUGAACUCAGAAGGAAACAAGUUUUCAUGGCAUUUGUGUUUUGUCGACUCGCAGUACGAACGCUCGAUACUCUGAUAACGUAGAUAAGACUAAAAUUCUUUCAGUAUUGUGUUGAAUUUCGUUACGUGUUAUUGUUUCAAGUAUGGCGCAGAAUAAUCUAGAAGUUGGGAUGAAGUGCAUAAAAUAUAUGCUGUUGUGUGUUACAGCGAUAUUUGUGCUAACCUCAGCGCUGAUAAUCUCCGUGGGUACGACGAUCUACGCCAUAUACUACGAUGUGUCCUUCUUCCUCUACGACCAAAUGUUUUCACCGGCCACCUUCAUAAUUGUUAUUGGUGUUAUUAUGUUGUUCGUGUCGCUCUUUGGCUGUAUUGGCGCUUUGAAGGAGAGCACGUGCUUGGUGAACAUUUUCGCAGUUAUCCUCAGUCUUGUACUGAUAUUGGAAUUGGCAGCUGCGAUUGCGGCAUACACCCUCCGCUCCCAGGUCACCGGCAUGCUUGAUGAGAACCUUCGACAGACACUCCCUUACUAUUACAGCAACGCUGAGGUCGCUGGCAGCUUCGACUUCAUUCAGAGUAGAUUGAACUGCUGCGGCGUGGACAGCUACUUGGACUGGAGCGAUGUCCGCGACGCGCCCGCCAACGAGGGCAUCGCUGUCUCCAACUUCACGGUGCCGUACAGCUGCUGCGCGCAGACGCGCACGCAGCUGGUCGGCGAGCUGGAGGUGGAGGAGUGCGAGAAGCUGUACGCGAAUGGAUGUCUCCCGAGAAUCACGUACCUGGUGUACCAGAGCGCGGGGCUGUUGGGUGCGGGCGCCAUGACCAUUGCGUUCAUUCAGGUAAUCGGUAUCGUCUUCUCAUUCUCACUGGCCAGCUCCAUCCGCAAAGCCAAGUCUGAGCGCGAACGCCGCCGCUGGGAGAUUCAAGAGCGUAUGAUCAACGCCUACACUUCUCUGAAUCCGGACACAGAAAAGAAACCAGUUGUCUAUGUCCCGUUCCAUGGACAAACCACAGCAUAGACUUUUUAAUCUGUGAUUUAAUUUCGCCAAAAGUUUCCCUCCAAUAGGAAUCAGCACACGUUGAAGCACAGCAGUCUAACCUCAAUAUGUUAUAUUUGCGUAAAAGAUUUAUUUAUCAUUUCUAUAGGGGUGAAAUUGCAGAAAUAAAUCACGUUUUAGAUAGGUUUAUGAAAUAUCUAUUAAGGCCUCUUAAUAAUUUAUCUAAGCUUAAACGCGGUUAGAUACAUACCUAGUAUAAUAAAUUGAGCUAUAAACCCAAAGAAGUUGAAAUUCAAAAGUACAAGCUCUAUGAUUGUUUUAAUAUAUUAAAUAAAUUUAUAAUGUAAUGUAUUUUAUAAAUCUAAUCUAAGGAAUAAAGCCGUAUCAAUUUUAUAAAC